CCUGCUGGCACCCCAGGACUGUCGUCCCAUCCAGUAUUCAACUCUCAGAACUUCUUUAGUCCCAGUGGUCUUGAAACCAACUCCAGCUGUAUUGGAUGGAAGUUAGGGUGGGCUCUCUUCUCUCUGAAAUGGGUGCUUCAGAUAACAUUUGGGUUCCUGGUAAUUUGACGUAACAGAGACCUCAUAGUCAUUCUAGUAAGCCGUUAGAGCCACAGUGUGUCAGUUAUUUUAAAAGUAGUCUAUGGCGACACCACCUGGAAUGCGCCUAAUCUUGUCUGAUCUCCGGAGCCGGCCAGGGUGGGGAGUGCAGGUGCCUCUAAAUGGGGGAACAGGAGGUCUCCAGAUGGGCUCCGCCAAGCCUCUUGUUUGGAGGAGAGAGAGUUGUGAAGUGUCUGUUCGUUGUCAUUGGUGAUUCCGAUGCAUUCCAGAAAGGGGACGCUGUCAUGGAAACCCAGUACCCUGCAGUGGGGGUGCACUCCUGGGGUGUGCCUGAGGGAGGUACUUCAGUGUCUGAAAGGAGUGGAGCAGAAGAUAAGCCUGCGUGGCAGUGCAGGGCUUGAGGGAGGCCCGAAGGCCAGAAGGACUGCUCUGCACAGUGUGUGGUCUGCUUGGCUCCGUGAGAUGUUACAUCCGGUGAUCAAGGCUUUCCUCUGCGGCUCCAUCAGUGGGACCUGCUCCACCCUCCUCUUCCAGCCUCUGGAUCUCCUCAAAACCCGCCUGCAGACCCUCCAGCCCUCAGACCUACGUUCCAAGCGUGUUGGGAUGUUGGCGGUGUUCUUGAAGGUGGUUCGCACGGAAAGCCCUUUGGGCCUUUGGAAAGGGAUGUCUCCUUCCAUCGUGAGGUGUGUCCCUGGUGUUGGAAUCUACUUUGGCACUCUGUACUCUCUGAAGCAGUAUUUCUUUCGAGGCCAUCCUCCAACCGCCCUGGAGUCGGUCAUCCUGGGCAUGGGCUCACGCUCUGUCGCAGGAAUCUGCAUGUCACCCAUCACAGUGAUCAAGACGCGCUACGAGAGUGGGACUUACAGCUACGAGAGCGUCUACGCAGCCCUGAGGAGUAUCUAUUGCAGCGAAGGCCACCGAGGCCUCUUCAGGGGCCUGACAGCAACUCUCCUCCGCGAUGCGCCCUUUUCAGGACUCUACCUGAUGUUUUACAGCCAGACCAAAACCACAGUGCUCCGAGGCACAGACCAGUUGGCUGCUGCUCUGAUGCCCCUGGUUAAUUUCAGCUGUGGGGUGUUUGCUGGCAUUCUGGCUUCGCUGGUGACCCAACCUGCAGACGUGAUCAAAACGCAUAUGCAGCUCUCCCCAGUGAAGUCUCAGUGGAUUGGCCAAGCGGCCAACCUCAUCUUCAAGAACCAUGGGCUGCGUGGCUUCUUUCAAGGCGGUGUUCCCCGGGCCCUCCGUAGAACUCUGAUGGCUGCCAUGGCAUGGACUGUCUAUGAAGAAAUGAUGGCCAGGAUGGGCCUCAAGUCCUGACAAGAGAGGGCCGGGGAAGGAAGAUCUGCUGUCUUGCCUGGUUCCUGCCAUGGGCCGCUGCAGCUUGCUGUCCUGGAGUCAGGUGAAGUGCUGUCUGAGGAACCAGGCAUAAAUGCUGUUGCCUUUAGUCCCCCAUUCAAAGACUGGAGGAGUGCUGGAGCCCCCAGAGCCUCUGAAGUGGAGUGGCCAAUGCCCACAGCUCCAGACACACUCCCAGCCAAUACACACAGGGAGCUGGGAGUCGAGCUUGGUUGCCCCACAAGGCUACUUGAGAGGCAUUUCUAGAGAGACCUCUGCCAGAAUGCUCUGUUUCAGCCACCUACCUACGUCAUAGGGCACCUUAGAUAUGCCGGUGAGCACGGAAUCCCACAGUAGAGAAGCUGCGGCCUCCUGCCGUGUCUGAAGGCAGGAGUCUCAAGUUAGGGAAGACUGGACCGAACGGGAGCUGUCGUGAAGCAGUGAGGUGGCUCAGAGACUUAUGGCACUUGCCUGCAUUGGAUGCCCGGACCCACAGGGGAGGAGGAGAACCAACUCCUGCAAGUUGUCCUCUGACUCCUCACAUGCACUGUGCAAGCACCCAUACCCAAUGAGGAAAUAAAUGUAAUGUUUUUAAAUAAAGACAUCAACAGGCUGGA